UCAGACAGGAAACUACACGUGGCCCAGGUUGUCAGUCAAGAGUUCCCAUUGGGGGCUGUGUUGUGACACUGGACACACGCGGACGCCCAAUUAGACAAGUGUGGAAUAAAUGAUGUGUAAUAAUGUAGCGCAGCCUCUCGGCGGAUGCGGGGAGCCCGCAUGCUCCUGCUGCCGGUCUGGUCGCUCCAGCCGUCCAAUCGGCGGCGGUGCCGCUGCGCUCCUGCGCGGCCCUGCUACUUUCCGGGUGUUCCUCCAUGUGCACGCUCUGCGACAACAGCUGACGCUGGUAGUCAGAAGGUGCGGGCGACGCUGCCGCUGUCUGAGGUCGCCCGGCUGCUAGCUCAGCAGCAGCAUCAUCAUCAUCAUCAUCAUCAUCAUCAUCAUGGCGGAGCAAGGCGAUCCUCCGGCUCCUGUCCACAUCCCGCAGCCGGCACCGCCGCCGCCGACGCCGCCGACGACGACGACGACGAGCUGGCCGAUUACCCGGGAGUCGUACGAGCUGCAGGAAGUGAUCGGCAGUGGGGCCACAGCUGUGGUGCAGGCAGCCCUCUGUACCCCCAGACAGGAGCGCGUGGCCAUAAAGAGAAUCAACCUGGAAAAAUGCCAGACCAGCAUGGAUGAGCUAUUGAAAGAAAUUCAAGCAAUGAGCCAGUGCAGCCAUCCGAACGUUGUCACCUACUACACCUCCUUUGUAGUGAAGGAUGAACUUUGGUUAGUCAUGAAGCUUCUGAGUGGCGGGUCUAUGCUGGAUAUAAUAAAGCACACGAGCAAGGAGGAGCACAAAAAUGGGGCGCUAGAUGAGCCCAUUAUUGCCACCAUAUUAAAAGAAGUCCUGGAAGGGCUGGAUUACCUCCACAGAAAUGGCCAGAUUCACAGGGAUGUAAAAGCGGGGAACAUUCUGUUGGGCGAAGACGGAUCCGUUCAGAUAGCAGAUUUUGGAGUUAGUGCGUUCCUCGCUACGGGAGGAGAUAUGACCAGAAAUAAAGUACGGAAGACCUUUGUUGGGACACCAUGUUGGAUGGCACCGGAGGUGAUGGAACAGGUACGAGGCUAUGAUUUCAAAGCCGACAUCUGGAGUUUUGGAAUUACUGCCAUAGAGUUAGCAACAGGGUCUGCACCCUACCACCGAUACCCACCGAUGAAGGUCUUAAUGCUAACCCUACAGAAUGAUCCACCCACUUUAGACACGGGAGUGGAGGACAAGGAAAUGCUGAAGAAAUAUGGCAAAUCAUUUAGAAAGCUAAUAACUAUGUGCCUUCAGAAGGACCCCGCCAAAAGGCCUACAUCAGCAGAGCUCUUGAAGUGUAAAUUCUUCCAAAAGGCCAAGAACAGAGAGUAUCUGGUUGAAAAGCUUCUGUGUUACGCACCAAAGAUUGCCCAGAGAGCCAAGAAGGUGAGGAGAGUCCCGGGCUCUAGUGGCCACCUGCACAAGAUGGAGGACGGAGACUGGGAAUGGAGCGAUGAUGAGCUGGACGAGGGCAGUGAAGAGGGCAAGGCUGCGGUGUAUCAGGGCAGGUCACGAAGGUUGAGAGAGGAGACCAAAGACAAUGAGGCAAAUACCAACAAUGUCCCUAUUGAAGGGCUCUCUAUUCAGCAUCCCCAGGUUGAACCAUAUGAACGCGCAGCCUACAUCCGAGGGGCUGUCAACAUGGUCCUACGGCUAAGGAACUCCAAGAAAGAGCUGAAUGACAUCCGCUUUGAAUUUACCCCCGGUCGAGACACUGCUGAUGGCGUUUCCCAGGAGCUGUUUUCAGCCGGCCUGGUCAAUGGACAUGAUGUUGUUAUUGUUGCUGCUAACCUUCAGAAGAUUGUAGAUGACCCGACUACCUACAAAGUAUUGACCUUUAAACUGGCUUCCAGCUGUAACGACACAGAGAUCCCAGAUGAGGUGAAGCUGAUCGGCUUUGCGCAGCUUAGCGUUAGCUGAUACCCCCUUGGUGGCCGAAGCAGGUGAGAUGGAGGAGACAGUUCAGGGCAGACAGACUGAGUAACACCCCACCCGCACCCUGCACAAUCCUCUCUUCUCCACCCUUUAUCCACAAAGAAACAAAAAAAAAAAAAGAAGAAAAAAAAAAGACGCACUCCUCUCCUCCCUUUCACGUGCCCUGAUGCCAAGCUCUGCCACAGCCGCACCUCCACUUCCUUAACUCCUCUCCUACCUGGUCACCGUUCCCUUCCCCUUCACCUCCCCACCUUACGACAUUCCACCGCCCAGCGCACGGACCAGGAUCAGGAUAAAGUCCAGGGAAUUUAAGAUGUACUCAGGCUGUAAAAGCAAGUGAAUAAGAUGUAGCUUUGGCUGUUUAUUUUAUUUUGUUGGUUUUAUUUGGUUUUGUUUUAUUUUAAUUUUUUUUGGUUUUAUUAUUUAUGUUUGGGUUUUAAAUAAUUUCCCCUCUGCAUUCAGCAAAGUUCUCAUUAUUUACUGAAAUGAGGAUGUGUUUCAGUCUUCUCACACUGUUUUGUUGCCACUGUGAAAAACGAAAGAAAAAAAAAGGUUUCGACUUGCACGCCACAGACCCGCUCUUUCCAGAUGCUUCCUUUUGGUCUGUGUCAUAUAGCCCGCAUUGAGAAUGUAUGACGUAGUUCGUUUAUGGAGAAAAAAAAAAACAAACAAAAACAAAACAAACAAAAAAAAAGCACAUUUUCAUGAAAACACAAUGAAUGUCGGAAAAGAGGACGAGCUGUCCGGCUCUGUGUAGACAUGCGUCCCGCUGUCGAAAAGGGACCCAUCCGCCUGGAGCGCACAGGAGAGACCAGACCCAGAUUCUACCACGUGUAACCUGCUGCUCAUUCUGACGACAGCAGUGGUGAUGAUUCAUAAUGCUAGCGGUGCCUUGUUCAUUAACUGUGCCUAAGAGAGGAGGCGAUGAGUGAGACCACGAGGGAGGCGGGGAGCAGAACCUGCUAAAUUAAAUUACCAUUUCAGAGAAAAAGCACCAACAAAUUCCAAGUUAGGGUUUCUUUCUGGAGUGACCAGGACAAGCUGUAAUGCACUUUUGGGCAGAGUAUAUGCUGCGGCCGAGCUGAUGCCCCGCCCCGGAGACGGUUUAACCUGCACGCUUCUGUCCGCUGACCACUGUCGUUUGACCCAUACCAGAACCUGUAGUCAUGUAAUCCGCUUUUGGUUGAUGUGGUUUCAGAAGCCAAGCUAAUAGAAAAAAAAAAAAUCACAAGUCUCAUUUUCUUGCUGUCUUUCUGCACUACAAAAAGUUUCCCCCCCCCCUAAAAAAAGUAAAGUAGAAACUAAAAUGUACUGUAUGACAAUGCAUUCGCAGAUGAAACCAAAAGGCAACUACUGAAAGGUUGAUGAGCCAUUUGUUCGUCCAAACAAGUCCAGUAGCUCUAAAUUAUUUUAUAAGUAUUGAAGUAGUAAAUAUUAACUUGUACUAAAUUCUUUAUUUUAAGAGGUAAGUUAUUGUGUUUUCUAUGUACAGUAUGUGUACCAUUCCAGCAUAUUAUCCCUUCUCCCCUCACUGUAAUCAGCUGAUUUCAAAUUUCUGCAGAGGUGCAACAAAUAAAGAAUUGCUA